AUGAGACCAAUAAAGUUGAUGGGUCAUGAGCGUUCAUUGACGCAAGUGAAAUAUAACAGAGAAGGUGAUUUAUUAUUCUCAGUUGCCAAGGAUAAUGCCGCAUCCAUUUGGUAUUCUUCAAAUGGUGAAAGAUUAGGAACUUUAGAAGGUCACAAGGGGGUAAUUUGGUCUAUUGAUGUUGAUCAAGAAUCUCAUUUAUGUGCUACCGGAGCGGGUGAUUUAACUAUAAAAUUAUGGAAAGUAGAAACUGGUGAAUGUGUUUUCACUUGGGAUGCACCAUCACCAGUUAGAAGAGUUGCAUUUUCAGCUGAUGGAACACGAUUAUUGGCUAUUGCUGAUCAAGUUAUGGGACAUAAAGGUACUAUAUCCGUUUUCGACAUAAAUCAAGAUGAUAAUUCUUUAAACCAACAAAAUAAGGAACCUUCAUUAGUCAUUGAAACUCCAGAAGGUGGUUCUAAAGCCACUGUUGCUGGUUGGACUGGUGAUUCUAAAUAUAUCAUUUCUGGACAUGAUGACGGUCAUGUUUCCAAAUAUGACUCUACUACUGGUGAAUUAGUUUCAACUGUUCAAGCCCAUGGCAUUCACAAUGAAGAAAAAAAUGUCACCAUUACUGAUAUUCAAUUCGCACCAGAAGAUAAAUCAUACUUUAUUACUUCUUCUAAGGACAAGAAUGCAUGUUUAAUAGAUGUCGAUACAUUUGAAAUCUUGAAAGUUUUCAAAGCCGAUGCACCAAUGAAUACUGCUGCUAUCACCCCAGUCAAAGAUUUUGUUAUUUUAGGUGGUGGUCAAGAAGCCAGAAAUGUUACUACCACUGCUGAAUCUCAAGGUAAAUUCGAAGCUAGAUUCUACCAUAAGAUCUUUGAAGAAGAAAUCGGUCGUGUUAAGGGUCAUUUCGGUCCAUUAAAUACUAUUGCUGUUCACCCUGAUGGUACUGGCUACAGUAGUGGUGGGGAAGAUGGUUUCAUUAGAGUUCAUACUUUUGAUAAAUCUUAUAAUGAAUUCCUCUUUGAUGCUGAAAGAACUGAAAAAGCUGCCGCUGCUGGUACCAUCUAA